AUGAAAAUAAGUCGAGGCUACAACAAAAGAGGAAGAAACCAGUGGUUGCAAUCAAGGAUCUACAAUAUGUAUGACAAUAAAUCAAAAAGGUCCUUGACACCCAUAGAUUUUGAGAGUAUAGAAAAUGAAAAGGAGAACGUAUUACCUUUAAGGGCAGGCAGAUCUGCAAGGGGUCUUACAGAGGCAUUACAACAAAGUGCUACCACGAAAUGUCAAAUACGGGCAAAUUUCGAAAGAAGAUUGAUUGAUGACCUUGGUAAUAUGGCUGAUCCAUUAGAACUGUAUCUGGAAUACAUUGACUGGAUUAGCUUGGCUUACCCUCAAAGUGGAACUACAAAAAAGAAUGGUUUGUUGGACAUAGUUGAGCGUUGUCUUAUACAUUUUAAAGAUAAUGAACAGUAUAAAAACGAUGCACGUUAUUUGAAGAUAUGGCUAUGGUAUAAUGAACUCUUUUUUGCAAAUGAAAGGCGAGAACAGAGGGAUAUCUUUAUCUUUCUACUCCGUAUGAGUAUAGGAUUCAAAUUGACUAAAUUCUACCAAGCUUUUUCAGACUUAUUAGUUGAUAUGAAGAGAUAUGAUGAAGCCUACCAAGUUUUGAAAAGGGGAAUUGAGAACCAGGCUACCCCAGUGAACGAAAUGCUGGACAGUCUGCAAAAUUUCGAAGAUCAAAUACUGGAAAAGAGAAUAAAUAUUGAUGAUAAUUUUUCAAUAGAAGAACAAUUUUCUGAGGCCACAGCACCUCUCAUCCUAGGAAGGCAACGUUCAGAAAUUAUUACUCCAGACCAACAACCUACCGAAAAUGAUAAUGAUACUUCAGAGUCAUCAAAAAAUGAAAAGAUGAGUAUAUUUAUGGAUUCACAAAGCCAAGGAUCAUCUAAACUAUAUUUUUACAAUGAUGAGGAAUCUCAGUUCAUGGAUUUGAAAAGUAAUAAGACAAAAGAAAACAAAAUUGCUCCAGUUGCUCUUGAGGCAAAUACAAAUAUUGGUAUCCUUUCACAAGGAAUUCGACCUAGUAUUCCAGUUGAAAAAGCAAUAGUUUUCAAAGAUGAAAUUGGGAGAGCUGAUCCCGUUUACGAAAUAGUCGAGGAAUUGGGAAGGAAACCAGAAAGAAUAGAGUGUAAUUUCAAACUCAUAUACCCAAAUAAGAUUGAAGAGUACAGUAUUGAGGAAAUCCUAGCCCGAUCUAGGGGUAUUUAUCAUAAAAUGGAAACAAGUGGCAGAAUACCAUCAGAGGAUGUUGAGGAUUUUCAUCCUGCUAAAAGGAUAAAAACAUAA